AUGGCAGCUCCAUCAAACGACGUUGUCCCGGAUCUCGCUUCAGUUCUGAGGACACUUUCAGCCUAUGCGCCAGGUACUGUCGAUCAAUCUAGAGUUCAUAAUCCUCCAGUCGGGAGCUCGAAUCAUAGCCUGAAUGCUAGAGCAAUUCCAACCUCUAGACAUUCUCCCCUGGAACAGAACCCUUUUCAUCCGAACCAGCCGCCCAAUCUACCUGACCCGUCCACAAUAACCACCUGGCCCGCGGCAUUGAAAUAUGUCAUGAAAACCGUGGCGCAAAAUGAAGCAACCCAGUCCAAGAUUAAGAAGAUGAUUCGCACGCAGCAUGACCAUGAGAAACAAUGGUGGGAGGGCAGGCAGGCAUUGCUAUCAAAGCAGGCAGGCCGGGAAGCGAAGAGGAAACAGCUUGAUGAUGUCUUACGUUCAGUUGGCGGGGCUGUGUCGAAAGACUCUAAUCCUCCUAGCGCUGAAGAUGAUAAAAUCGAACUUGACACCUACGAUAAAAAGGUAUACAGGGCCCUAACAACCAUGUCGAAAGCUCUUGACAUGGAACUGCGCGACCUGGGUAUACCUUUCUUUACUAUUCCGCACAAGCUAGUCACUUCGUCAUCCAAUCAUGUUUCGGAUUCACAUUCAAGUGAACCUCUCAAGCCGGAAGAACUCAAGGCUCUACAACUGCGAAUGCUGCAGCUCUUGGAAGAUCUUUGUAAAGAUUGA